ACACUCUCACCUGCCAGCAUGACAAGCCUAGGUGUCAGUGAAGAAUCCACCACCUCCCAUAGCCAACCAGGCUCAACUCACUCAACAGCAUCACCGGCCAGCACCACCACGUCAGGCCUCAGUCAGGGAUCUACCACCAUCUAUAACGGGGCAAGCUCAACUGAAACCACAGUGUUUUCUCACCGCACCACAACCUCCAUUCAUGGUGAACAAUCUACAUCCUUCCCUGGUAGCCCAGCCUCCACCGAAAUAGUGUUACAUGCCACCCUUACCACCGCAGACCUUGGUGAGGAAUCAACAGCCUUCCACAGCAGCUCAUACGCAACUGGAACAACACCCUUACCUCCCCACUCCACAACCUCAGCCCUCAUUGGAGAAUCUACAACUUUCUACAUGAGCCCAUCCACUACUUACACAACCCUCUUUCCUGCCAGUUCCAGCACAUCAGGCCUCACUGGGGAAUCUACCACCUUCCACACCAGUCCAAUCUUCCCUUUUACAAUUGCAUCUACUGAAAGCCUGCAAACCUUAGUGCCAGGGUCAUGCCAGGAAGGACAAAUCUGGAAUGGAAAACAAUGCGUCUGUCCCCAAGGCUACGUUGGUUACCAGUGCUUGUCCCCUCUGGAAUCCUUCCUUGUAGAAACCCCGGAAAAACUCAAUGCCACUUUAGGUAUGACAGUGAAAGUGACUCACAGAAAUUUCACAGAACAGAUGAAUGACUCAUCCUCCCAGGAAUACCAGAACUUCAAUAGCCUCUUCAAGAAUCGGAUGGAUGUCGUUUUGACGGGCGACGAUCUUCCGCAGUAUAGAGGGGUAAACAUUCGGAGAUUGCUCAACGGUAGCAUCGUGGUCAAGAAUGAUGUCAUCCUGGAGGCAGACUACACUUCAGAGUAUGAAGAACUGUUUGAAAACCUGGUAGAGAUUGUAAAGGCCAAGAUUAUGAAGGAAACCAAAACAGUUCAUGAUCAUGAUCCUGAUUUCUGCAGAGAGGCCAUACUGUGCUAUAAUGAAGAGGACACUUCCGUGGAUUCAUCGGUGACACUGGGCUUUGACUUCCAGGAGCAAUGCACCCAGAAGGCUGCCAAAGAAUAUGCCCAGUUCUACUAUGUGGAUGUCUUGGAUGGGAAGCUGGCCUGUGUGAACAAGUGCACCAAAGGAACGAAGUCCCAAAUGAACUGUAACCUGGGCGUGUGUCAGCUGCAACGCAGUGGCCCUCAUUGCCUGUGCCCAAAUACAGACACACACUGGUACUGGGGAGAGACCUGUGAAUGGAACAUCGCCAAGAGCCUCGUGUAUGGUAUCGUGGGGGCUGUGGUGGCGGUGCUGCUGCUCUCAUUGAUCAUCCUGGUCAUCUUAUUCAGCCUAUCCCAGAGAAAACUGCACAGGCAACAGUAUGAUAUGCCUCAAGAGUGGCGAAACAAAGGCACCCCUGGCACCUUCCAGAAGACGGCCAUCUGGGAAGACCAGAAUCUGAGGGAGAGCAGAUUCGGCCUCGAGAACGCCUACAACAACUUCCGGCCCACCCUGGAGACUGUUGACUCAGGCACAGAGCUCCACAUCCAGAGGCCGGAGAUCGUAGCAUCUGCUGUGUGAGCCAGUGGGGGCCUCCCACCCUCAUCGAUCUCUGGACAGGAGAGCGGCAAACACAGGGCCCACCACAGACCGCAGUUCCCCGGGGCUGGUCAAGAGGAGACUGAAGUCGGGCCCUGAAGCCGGUCCUGCUCUGAGCUGACAGACUUGGCCUGUCCCAGGCCUGUGCUCCUGCUCGGGGCUAUAAGGCCUUCCAUCCAGGAGCCCCCAGACUCCCAGAAGCCUUAGCACCCCGGUCUCCUCCUGGGUGACUCCCUACUCUGGAAUUUCCCUACCAAUAAAAGCAAAUCUUAAAGCUCA